UCUACCGAGGUUUGAUCAGCAAGGCCUGGCGCCACGGCUGUCGAGCUGUCGUUGCUGGCCGGUUGAUGUUCACAGCGACCCCGACAGUGAUUUGGCGGCUCCAUCUUUGCUUUUGCCCUGAAAGCGUCGGCAUUCGUGGCGUAGAAGCAGCAUCGAAGGUUGAAGCUCACUGCUCCUCAGUCGCCCAUUAGAGAGAGACAGAGAGAGAGAAAGAGGCGCCGCCGUGGACCCGGCAGCCGCCAUGAGCACCGAAGAUGAAAUCAUCCGCAUCGCUAAAAAGAUGGACAAGAUGGUGCAGAAGAAGAACGCGGUUCAAGUUGACAGAGGUAAAGUUACACAUAUAGAUAUUCAAAAAUCAAGAGCAGUUGAGUAAGAUUAGACAAGAAAAGGGCGGGGCACUUGAUUUACUCAAGGAACUUAAGAAUAUGCCCAUGACGCUGGAACUGUUACAGUCCACAAGAAUUGGCAUGUCUGUGAAUGCAAUUCGGAAACAAAGUACAGAUGAAGAAGUUACAUCUCUAGCAAAAUCGCUCAUUAAAUCAUGGAAGAAAUUGUUAGAUGGACCAUCAAAUGACAAAGAAUCUGAAGACAAGAAAAAAGAAUCAGCAUCAUCUUCACAAAACAGUCCUGAAGCAAGGGAAGAAAGCAGUUCCAGUAGCAAUUCAAACAACAAGAAAGAGGAUUCUAACAUUUCAACAGACACAUAUAUCUCUUCUUUUCCCCGGGCUCCAAGCACAUCUGAUUCUGUACGGAUGAAAUGCAGAGAAAUGUUGGCAGCAGCUCUUAAAACAGGGGAUGAUUAUAUUGCUAUUGGUGCUGAUGAGGAAGAACUAGGUUCUCAGAUUGAAGAAGCUAUAUUUCAGGAGCUAAAAAAUACUGACAUGAAAUAUAAAAAUAGAGUGCGCAGCAGGAUAGCAAAUCUUAAAGAUACAAAAAAUCCUAAUUUAAGAAAAAAUGUUUUAUGUGGAAAUAUAUCUCCUGAUAGAUUUGCUAAAAUGUCAGCAGAGGAGAUGGCAAGUGAUGAGUUGAAAGAAAUGAGGAAGAAUCUUACCAAAGAAGCUAUAAGAGAACACCAGAUGGCUAAAACAGGAGGAACACAGACUGAUUUAUUUACCUGUGGGAAAUGUAAAAAGAAGAACUGUACUUAUACCCAGGUUCAGACCAGAAGUGCCGAUGAACCUAUGACAACAUUUGUUGUAUGCAAUGAAUGUGGAAACAGAUGGAAGUUCUGCUAGAAGAAGAAAUUGUUGGACCAGUUAAAAAUAAUAUUAUAAUUAGCUUUAAGAACUAGGUAAAGCAUCCGAUUACUUGCAGAGAUGUUUUUGUUUGCUUCCUUUUAAGCAAAUAACUCUGAAAUUAGAUUUUGUUUUUGACAUGACCAUCCCUGUAGUUAAUAGUCAGAGCCAGGAUGCUUAGUUGUAUGGUGUAAUAUUUUUUCCAUUUUUAUAAGCAACUCUAUAUUAAACUUUUAUCAAUGAAAUUUGGGUAACUGUUUUUUUCUUAAUUUUAUAAACAAUUUAUUGUACUUAUUUGCUUUUGACAUACAUGGCUGAAUUUUUUUUUGUAAAAUUCACAAUGUCAUACUCCAUUUGAAUCACUUCAAUGUGUUAAAGCAUUAAAGUUUUUCAUAAUACUAACAAAAUAAUCCAUAUCUAGUGUGGAUAGGUGCGCUCUAUAAGUCAUUUUUGCAAUUCAUCAUGGUAUUUCCUGUUCCAUAACAUACAAAAAGCUUUUUUGUAUUGUCAAACUUCAAAUAGUUUUGAAAUUUGUACUGAUAUACCCCUACUAUUAUACAGCAUAAAAUAUGUGCAGUAUUUUUAUAUUAAUGAAUUCUAGUCUGCCUUUUAAUGUAUUGAUUUGAUCUGUUUUGUUUGGUCACUUGUUUUCCAAACAUGACCAAAAACAUUAUGUAAUUUGCCAGUCACACAGACAUUUGGCAACAAAUACAUUUUACUGAAAAAUAGUCUUGAAUGAAUCCUAGAUCUCAGAGGUCAGAAAUAAAACUGUAAAUUUUC